GAACCCAAUUAAUCUUAGUUUAAUCUCACCGCACAUCUCUCACGUGUAACCGACUGGUUGGUCAGCCUCCUCUCUUGACCAACUUAUAUAUAAUAUUAUAAAUCUCUUAUUUGCUUUGAAUUCAUACAACCUACAAUUGUCAAGCACCUCAGCUCUUCCUUCAUAGCUUUUCAUCAAUGGCAACCUCCUCCUCCUCAUCCUCCCUUGCUGCAAAAAGGUUGGAAGGCAAGGUUGCAUUGAUAACAGGUGGAUCAAGAGGCAUCGGCGAGUGCACUGCUCGGCUCUUCGCAAAACAUGGUGCAAAGGUCAUAAUCGCCGACAUCGAGGAUCAGCUCGGCACCUCUGUCUGCAAUGACAUCGGCCCUGACACUGCCUGCUUCAUCCACUGUGAUGUUACUGUCGAAGAUGAUAUCAAGAAUGCCGUUGACCUUGCUGUGUCUAAGUAUGGCAAGCUCGACAUCAUGUUCAACAACGCCGGCCUCAUCAACAAGGCAAGGCCAUUGGUAGACAGCGAGAAGUCUGAAUUCGAUAAAGUUAUGAGUGUUAUAGUGACAGGCGCAUACUUAGGAACAAAACAUGCGGCGCAAGUCAUGAUCCCUGCAAAAUCAGGGAGCAUCAUUGCCACGGCGAGUGUGGCAUCAGUGAUCGGCGGGACCGGGACACAUGCGUACACCGCCGCGAAGCAUGCACUCGUGGGGUUAACUAAGAGUGCUGCUGUGGAGCUCGGACAGUUUGGUGUGAGAGUGAAUUGUGUUUCUCCCUAUGCGGUGGCAACCAAGCUCUUGGCUGGAUUUACCGAGUUUGAUCAGCUUGAAGAGGAUGGGUUUGAAAAGUUGAUGAGUUUGCAUGCUAAUCUCAAAGGGCCUGUGUUGAAGGCCGAGGAUGUGGCACAUGCUGUGCUUUACUUGGCGAGUGAUGAGGCUAAGUAUGUGAGUGGACAUAACCUUCUUGUGGAUGGUGGUUUCACCAUUGUUAAUCCUUCUCUGCUUGCGCUUGACCCUGCUGCUUUGCCUAAGUGAUGUUGUUGAUUGAGGAUGGCAUGGAAACAUUGGUCUUUAGCAUAUAUAUGAUCAUAUGAAUAAAAGGAAAACAUUUUUGUUUUAAUGUAUUUGUUGGUCUUUCAAGUUUGUUGUUUUUAAUGGAAUAAUAAAUUUUCGGUGGGUUUAGCCACUGAAUUUGUUGAUAAGGUUUUUUAGUGAAUUGGUUCUCUAGACCUUAAUGGGUAAACACUGUUGUAAAGGAUUUGUUAGGCACUCGUCAAUUGUAAAAUGUAUGUUAAAAUUAUGAGUAAACAAGUUUUCUUAAAGCAGCCAAAUCAUUCCUGUUUU